AUGUCGGCCGUGUUGAGCGCCCGAAGCACGCUGUGUCGGCGUCUGCCACUAACUUGCGCGCGGCCCAAGUCCUUCUCGACGACGCACCUGCUCCGCAAUGAGGCCGUGCCGCCGGUUGGCAAUGUCCAGGUCGUCCAGAAGCCGCAGAGGCCGGUCGGAGGCAUUCGCGGGGGCAUCAUCGGCUUUUUGUUUGGUUUCUCGCUAGCCGCGUCAUUUGCUGCGUACAACCUGUUGGAUGAGUACAAGCAGGCAUCCGCCGCGUUGCAAGCGAGCGUGGAGGAGCUCAAGCUCAGCACGGAGAAGGUUACGGAACACGUCCGCCGCAUCGAGGCUGUCGAGAAGGACCUCAAGAUCCUCGAGAAGUCCUCAGCCAGCAAGGAUGACAUCUCCAGAGUCAGGGCGGAGAUGAAGAAGCUUGUCGACGGAUUGCAUGUCGAGUUCUUGGACCUCCGAGCACACGUUUGGGGCAUGCAGCAGGAUCUCCACUCUUUAUCAAAGAAGGAGGCUACGACUGUCCGUAUCUAG